GGAAACAAACGUCCCGUAAGUGGGAAAAAUAUAAAAUGGAAAAGAAAAAGAGUGGCAUGGCUUAGCGUUGAAGUUAAAAAAAUACCUUUGAGACAUUUCAGUGUGUAAUUGGCACACUCUGCAAUCUCUGCAUCUCCACAUCACAAUCUCAGGAACAUGCCUGUAAGAGUAUUGGACAACACCACCCCUUCUCAGGUUCAAGGUGCGAAUUCGGGAAAGACUUCGUUCCAAUAUUGUAGUCUUCUUGGCGUGGGGCAGGCCUUUUCUGGCACUCAGAAUGUUUCAAGUGUACAAAAGGAUGAAGCAUGGAGAGUAAAUGUCCGUAUACAAGGAUGUGACCUUGAGCAUGGGUAUUUGUGUGGCACCAUGGAAGCACUAAAUGUUCCUAUGGCAGACACACCAGUAGUAACAUUCUGGGAAGGGGAGAUUGUUGAUACAAAGAAUUAUACCUUCUUCACUGGCAAAUGGGAGGCAACACAAGAGGAUGAUACAAGGCACUGGUCUAAAUUUUCAUCUUUUUCUCCCUUAAUGGCCCAAGUGGAGUCUGAUGGUGGCAAGUCUUUGGACCUGAGCAACUAUCCUUACAUAUUUAUGAGAUGGAAGGAGCAGUACUUUGUGAAUGUUGGAACUGACUGUGGAUUAACUAUAGCCGGAUUUUACUACAUUUGUUUCUCUUGCAGUGAUGGCUCUAUCAGUGGAUUCUAUUAUGAUCCCAAUAGCAGCCCUUACCAGAAGCUUGAGUUGAAAUCAACUAAUGAUGGGAGAUCAGGUUUCAGUUUUUCAUCAUAUGAGUUGCAAUAGAUUGUGAGGCGCGUAGUAUCUCAAGAUUCAUCAUCUAAUUGUCUGUAUUGUAUAUGAGUGGGAACAUGUGAAAAAUUUGAGUUUUUUGUCGUUAGAAUCAAAGCAGGGAGAACAAGGUUACUAUUACCUAGCAUGAGCCCCAAUGUUGUAACCUCUUUCUUACCUGUGACUUCAGGGUUUAUUACACGACUUACUGGUUUUUUAGAGUUUCAAACCAUUAUACACAUAUAUGCAUCUUGUACAAUGUGUUUGUUUACUCUAGUUUUAUUUUAAAAUGCAUUUAAUUAAUGUACCCUUAUUUCA